AUGUCAGGACAGUACAGAUAUCCCCCAAAUGUCAGGACAGUACAGAUAUCCCCCAAAUGUCAGAAUAGUACAGAUAUCCCCCAAAUGUCAGGAGAGUACAGAUAUCCCCCAAAUGUCAGGACAGUACAGAUAUCCCCCAAAUGUCAGGACGGUACAGAUAUCCCCCAAAUGUCAGGACAGUACAGAUAUCCCCCAAAUGUCAGAACAGUACAGAUAUCCCCCAAAUGUCAGGACAGUACAGAUAUCCCCCCAAAUGUCAGGACAGUACAGAUAUCCCCCCAAAUGUCAGGACGGUACAGAUAUCCUCCAAAUGUCAGGACGGUACAGAUAUCCCCCAAAUGUCAGGACAGUACAGAUAUCCCCCAAAUGUCAGGA